CUCUGCUUUGAAGCAUUGGGCGGAGGACUCUAUGCUAUCAGAGGAGUCUUCUUCAGGUCCCUCAAACCAGAUGGUGGUGUGUACGCCUCAAAUUUCUACCGCUCCAAGUAUUAACCUCAUGGUCAACCUAAAUGAUGCAGGAUGUUGGAGGAGAAGGCGAAGACAGAUGUCGAAUCUCAUCCAGAUUUAUGAGGAGUUUUCGAGGGAAUCGGGAGAGGUCGCAUCUGAGUCAAAUUCCCCUGCAAAUUCCGUCCAAAGCUCCCAACAUAUCAUCGAUGAGGUAAGGGCAACUAUGGCUAUUAGGUCUCAAUUGAAUGUUAAUUUUCGUCCCAAUGAUGAUCGAAUUUGAAAAAGAUGAUUGAGCUCGAGAUUAAGGAGGCUUCCCUCGUGUGUGAGAGGGGGGCUGGUAAUUAGUUUUGUCAGAAUAACUAAUUGCGGUGACCUCAUUUGGGCCAGUCGGUUUCAUGCAGAUUAUGUCUUGGAAUAUUAGAGGAGUAGGGAGUAGGGGAAAAAGGAGAUUUUUGUCGAAAUUAAUUAAGAAAAGGAAACUGGAUAUGUUGUUUGUUCAGGAGACUAAAUUGGAGUCAGUGGAUCGCUUUAUGUUGCAACGUAUUUGGGGGACUAGCAACUUUGAGUUCACCUGCUCUAAUUCUGAGGGUGCGUCUGGGGGUUUACUUAUUGUAUAGAAUGGUGUGUUUUUUAUAAAGCAUCUUCGGUGGCUAUUCAUAGAUCGUUCAUUCUCGUGCAAGGGACAAUUGAUGGUUUCCUGUGGACAAUUGAUGGUUUCCUGUGCACCUUAGUGAAUGUCUAUGCCCCUAAUAUAGUUGUCUCCCGUAGAGAUCUCUGGGAGGAAUUAUUGAUCCUUAAAUCUAACUCCUUGGACUCGUGGUGCAUUAGGGGGGAUUUCAAUUAAAUUAAGGAUGUGACGGAAAGGGUGGGAUGUUUGAGGGUGGAGAGAGGUAUGAGGGACUUUAUGGAGUUUUGUAACAACAUGGAAGUUUUGGAUAUUCCUAUGAUGGGUAGGAAGUUUACUUGGACUAAUUAUCAUGACCAUGCUAUCCACAGUCGCUUGGACAGAUUUCUGUUGUCUCAUAAUUUUCUUGACAGGUUCAUGGUCCUUCAAUGGGGUCUACCCAGGCCAACUUUGGACCAUUGUCCGAUUAUGCUUCUUGAUGAUAAUAAGGAUUGGGGUCCUAAACCAUUUAGGUUUCAGGACAUUUGGCUUUCUGAUCCUAAAUGCUUACUACUAGCUAAACAAAUGUGGGAGGAGGUCCAAAUGAACGGAUGGGCUGGUUUUAUCAUUGUUCAGAAGAUAAGAGCUAUCAAAGACAGAUUGAAGGUGUGGAAUAAUUAAAGAGGAAUUUGGGGAUAUUAAUUGUGCUCUUCAAGACACCGAAGCCAAAAUACAUCAGUUUGACAUCCUAGCGAAAGAUAGACUUUUGAAUGAUGAGGAAAAAGCGCAAAGGUGUGUUGUUCAGUUAGAAUUUUGGAGACUCUCAAAACUUUCGAAAUCCCUUUGGAAACAAAAAUCUAGAGUAAAGUGGUUGAAGUUGGAGGACAGAAACACUAGAUUCUUUCAAAUUACAGCUAACAAUAGAUUCAAGAGGAACUUGGUGGGUUUAGUAGCGGUUAAUGGGUGUGUGUUGGUAGAGCCAAAACAAAUAAGAGAAGUCGCUAUGGAUUUCUUUCAAAGCAAUUUUUCAGAGGAAAUGAGGAUCAGACCAGGGUUGGGAGGGGUGUUUUCCAGGAAACGAAGUUCGGAGACAGCAAUACAUCUUGAGAGACAGUUUGAGGAGAAGGAAAUUUUUGUCGCCAUGCAAGGAUGUAGCAGCCUUAGGGCUCCUGGACCCGACGGCUUCAAUUUCACCUUUGUAAAGAAAAGUUGGGACUUUAUGAAGGGGACGGACGGUCUUCUGAUUCUUUUCUGAGUUUCAUGCGAACGCGAAGCUAACUAAAGGUAAUCAGGAGAUCGAAUAACAGAAUCCUCUACAAGAUGAUCAGUACUAGGGUGAGGACCUCCCAGCUGAGGAAGGGGAGUUUUGUCAAGUCUUGGAUGCUUUACCCUUAGAAGCUCUGUUAAUUUGGAGUAAUGUUAUUUAAAUAUCCAAAAGUGUUAUCAUAUUUGUCAAACCCUAUUUUAUUUUUGUUGAGUUAUAAGACAAUUAAGUAGUUUUGAAUUUAGUAUUUGAGAUUUCCACUACUAACUCUGUUUUAAUAAAAUUUUACUUCUUAAAUCAGUUUUAUGAAUUAUUAAAUCAAUUAAAAAUGAUUUAAUUAACGUGUUCGAAAAUCGGGGCGUUACAUCCAAUGUCCUUCAAAGAGUAUAGACCUAUUAGUAUGGUGGGAUGGGUCUUCAAAGUCCCCUCUAAAGUGUUGGCGAACAGAAUUAAAGUGCACAUGCCAACUGUGAUUGGGGAAGCCUAAGCAGCCUUUGUGGGUGGGAAACAAAUUUUGGAUGGCGUCCUCAUAGCAAAUGAGGCUAUCCACAGUGGGAAACAUAGCGUGCGUGGGGGACUUAUUCUGAAACUAAACUUCGAAAGGGCGUAUGAUUGUGUUAACUAGAAUUUUUUGAUUGAUAUGCUUUCAAAGUUUGGUUUUAGGGACAGGUGGUGUGGCUGGAUUUUCGAGUGUUGUUCAUCGGUCUCUAUGUCCAUAUUGAUCAAUGGUUCAGCUUCUAAGGAAUUUAAGCACUCAACAUAAUGUUGGAAAGAGCUAGGGUGAGAAAUAUCAUUAAAGGGACUAAAUUGGGGUGUAAUGGGGUUUCGAUAUCGCACUUACAGUUUGCGGACGACACCAUCCUCUUUUGCAAUAAUGAUCCGGAAGAGAUGACUAAUAUCAAAAGAAUCCUCAGAUGCUUCCAAUUGAUGUCAAGUCUGAGAAUCAAUUUCUCAAAGAGUUCCCUAUGUGGUAUGAAUGUACCCCAAGAUGUUGUGGUCGUAUUGGCUCAAAUAAUGGGGUGCAAAGUGGAACAACUUCCCAUUAAAUACCUAGGGCUGCCGUUGGGUGCGAACCCAGGUAGGAUUAAAACUUGGGAUCCUGUUAUUGAAAGGACUGAAAAGGUUCUGAGUGUUUGGAGGUCUCGGUGCAUCUCGACAGGGGGAAGGUUGACUCUUAUCAACUCCAAUACUGGUAAUGUCCCUAUUUAUUUCAUGUCUCUAUUUAAAAUGCCAGUUGUAGUAGCAAGCAAAUUGGAGAAACUACAAAGACAGUCCUUUUGGGGUGACUCGAUCGACAAAAAGAAGAUGCAUUUGGUUAAAUGGGAGGAGAUAACAAGGAAGAAAGAUGAUGGUGGGUUAGGGGUGAAGAGAAUGCUACAGCAGAACCUAGCACUCUUGGCCAAGUGGUGGUGGCGUUUUGGUAACAAUAAAGAGCCUCUCUGGGCAAAAGUCAUUAUUAGAGGAGAAUAUGGGUUGGAUGUAAAUUGUUGGCUUCCAUACAGCUACGGUGCAAGCUCCACUUUGAAAAUUUGGGCAGACAUUUGCUCCUUGGAGAACCCUUCAUCCCAUCUGGGGUACUCCAUUUGAGAGGGCUUUGGAAUUAAAGUAAACUCAGGGAAUGCUACUUUGUUUUGGGAACACAUCUAGUUCGGUGAACUACCGUUAAAAGAAGCUUAUCCAAGAUUGUUCCUAUUAUCUUCUCAACAGGGAGAAAUGAUCAGCAAUAUGAGGGGA